AUGGACGACGUAGCGAGUCCUUCAACUGCAAAUACCGAGUUUAAAUCGACCUACCGAAACUGGGUGGGGCCUUGGACGCAGUCAGCCGACCCUGCUUGCUACCGUGAGGCUCAUUUCAUGAAAACGUGUCCAAGUAAUUAUGAUCGCAACGAAUUGACGAACACAUGUUGGACCGAGUGCCCGAUGGACUAUCCCAUAGAGUGUGGCAUGCAGUGCACCCAGCUAAACAACGACUGCGGUCGUGAGAACGCCGCCAAGGUGUCUGCUGUGGCGAUGGCUGCUCUGAGUAUGGCUUCCUUCGGCGUGUUCGGCCAAUUGGCCAAAUACGGCAAGAAGGUGAGCUGGGCAGUCACGUGCGCUAAUUACCUCUUGGUCUUUGUAAGAGCUGCAAUCCGCUUUAUUCGAAACCAACAGGUCAACGAGCCCAACACGCCGCUGGAAAAGCUACUUUUGCUGCUUUACCAGGCUGGCUUUGUCGUCGCCGAUCUUCCAGCAACUAUCUAUGCGUGCUCAGGCAAAAAAGUUCCGGCAAACCUGCAGCUGACACGUCAACUGAUGCCCACGGCUCAGUUACUUCUAUUAUUGACAGUCGCGUACGACGACGAAAUUAUCAGGAGUUGGGAAAGGUUCAAAGCUUUUAUGAAGAGAGCCAACUUUACGGAAGCAGCUGAUCAACUUACGGAGGGUGAGAUCAAGAGUCUGGAGACGGGUAUGAAGCAGAACUCCACUUGCGGUGACGACCUCAAAAUGCUAACCACCCAAGUCUGGGUGACGGUGAACGAGUACAGACAGGAGAACCCCAAGAUUAGCGAGGGCGACCUCCGCCUAAAACUAAGCGAGUCUAGCCUCAUUCUGUACGAUAUCCCAACGGUAACCAACAACUGUAUGACCCAAAUGGUCUCCGAGUCAAGUGUCGCCACCGCGUACAAGACUCGAGAAACGCUCCGCAAGACCUACACAGUGAUGAUCAACGAUCUCAUCAAGUCUGGCAAAAGUGACAACGGUACGCACAUGGCUGCGAAAUACAACGCCUAUACCUGGCUACGUAAUGGUCUCUGGCUUGCCUCAUAUGCUUGGGACCCAACGGACUUGUCGACUCUGUUUGCGGAAUUCCUGCAGACUAUCUGCGGUCCUACGCAGUUUAUGGGUGAAAUCGAUGACGGCGACGAACUAGCCACCCUGGGAAUGGGUGCACUUCAUAAAGCUUUUAAGAACAGCACGCUUUCUUGGAGGAAAAAGGGUGACGGCGCCGUCAUUAUUAACUUGAAGAGCAAAGAUACCGAGGACGUGACUGUUAAUAUCAAGUCUGGCGGCGACAAGAUUGGCGAAGUCCUGCUCAAAGCAGGGGGUACCGCCCAGUGGACGUCGAACGUUACUACGCUUGGUGGGAAGACUCUGUACAUGGAUCGCUGGCGACCAGGAUUUCUUGGUUUGCCUGGUACAGGUGGAGGUUCCCUGGUUUUGUGGGUGCCCAUUUCACGUCAAGGUGGUCAUUUAGAGGUUAACGCUCAGCUGAACGUGAGUUAG